AUGAGAGAACGCAGCCAGCAGAACCUCGGUGGACACGUCCUGUAUGUAGGGUUAUUCAGACAUCCAGGAAUGCUGCACAGGGCUAAGUACAGCCGAUUCAGGAAUGAUUCCAUAACCUCCCUAGAUGAAGGUACUCAAAAUACGUCUUUGAAUAUCAAAGGUUCUUCCUCCUCUUCCCAUUCUUCAACACCCAAUUUACUGACAGAAGAUGUCUCCUUGGGGCCACAGGACACCUGCACCACGCUGUGCACCCUGAUCCCUCGGAUGGCCAACAUCAAACUCGCCAACCCAUCAAAUCUGCCGGGGCUGAAAAGCUUCUGCCUGGGAACGAAAGAGGUGCCACGAAUGAAACUCACGGAGUGCGUGACCAUCCCGAGCAGCCCGACCUCACCUGAGAUCAGCUGCCUGUCGGCCUCAUAUCCCCAGCCUGACCUGGACAAGCUGGGCCUAACCCCAAAACCAGCAGGUGACUGCGCUGUGCCGGGAGCUGAGGAGGCCGCUCCUGUGGCCAGGCAGGACAGGGGCCUGGCACCAGGCAGUGAAAGCACGUACAGCCAGGAGCCAGGAACCACCUACAGUGUGCGGUACAUGGGCUGUAUUGAAGUGCUGCAGUCAAUGAGAUCCCUGGACUUUGGCACACGAACACAAGUCACCAGGGAAGCAAUAAGCCGACUGUGUGAAGCUGUGUUGGGUACAAAUGGAGCUAUAAAAAAGCGGAAGCCUCCAGUGAAGUUUCUGUCUUCUGUACUUGGCAAAAGUAACCUUCAGUUUUCUGGCAUGAAUAUAAAGCUGACUAUUUCAACAAGCAGCCUCACUUUGAUUAAUGCUGACACACAGCAGAUUAUUGCCAACCACCACAUGCAGUCCAUCUCAUUUGCUUCUGGAGGUGACCCAGAUACAACAGACUACGUGGCAUAUGUAGCAAAAGACCCUGUUAAUCAGAGAGCAUGCCACAUCCUGGAAUGUCCUAAUGGGAUGGCACAGGAGGUGAUCAACACCAUAGGGCAGGCUUUUGAGCUCCGGUUCAGGCAGUACCUGAAGAACCCCUCUAGCCUGAUUACAUCUAAUGAAAGCGAGGCAGCAAAUGCUAAUGGAUCAGCUGGGAAUUCACAGGAGAGGGAGGACCAUGAAUAUUACAACGAAAUUCCAGGGAAGGAACCUCCCACCGGUGGAGUGUUAGACAUGCGAAUGAAAGUGCAGACAGACCAAAGGGCUAAGUGUCCUGUCCAGUGCAAAAAGCAGUACUGCUCAACAGGCAGCCCAACCUUCAUCAAUAUAUAUGAAAAUUGUCCAGAAGAAAACAAAACUGUGGGUAAUUGUGAUGAGAGAUCACAGAAGACAAUAAAAGAGAAUCCUGCCUCAUUGAAACCUGCCUACAAAGCAGAUCUCUUUGAUGAUCCAUGUUACAUCAACACCCAGUCCCUGCAGUCUGCAGCCUGUGCAGCCCGAGGUCCAGCAACAGCACAGAUCCCUGGGAGCCCUCUGCGCCAGGCCAAGUUACCGGAACCUGUUCAGCAGAGUGCCACAAGCAACACAGCUGGUCUCUGUGUUCUGCCACAAAUAAAGCAACAGCUAAAGAAUGAAGAUUGUUACCAUGGCAAAUUGAACAGGAAAGCAGCAGAGAGCCUCUUAGUGAAUGACGGGGAUUUUCUGGUACGAGAGAGCACAACGUCACCUGGUCAGUAUGUCCUUAGUGGACUUCAGGGAGGGCAGGCAAAGCAUCUACUCUUGGUGGAUCCUGAGGGCAAGGUGAGAACCAAAGACCAUAUAUUUGAUAGUGUGGGUCAUCUUAUUCAGUAUCACAUGGAAAAUAAUUUGCCAAUCAUCUCUUCUGGAAGUGAAGUGAGCUUGAAGCAGCCUGUAAGGAAAGAGAGUAAUACGGGGCACAUGCAAUAUCACAAAUAAUCCCGUGGAUCUCACAAAUCCCAAGACAAAUCAUACCUGAACUUUCUCUUAUGAAGACAUGUAAAAAAAUAGACUGCACUUUCUGCUGCUGUUCCAGAAGAAGCCCUUUUGUGUGUGUAUGUAUGAAUAUAUGUAUAUGUGUAUAUCUAUGUAGAUCUAUAGAGAUCAACAAGCAUAGUUAUAUAGAUACAUAUAAUCUUAACAAAAUUACA